UAUGGAGAAAGUUUUCCCUGCUGAAAAAUUUUCUCUUUUCAAUCCUUCUUUCCAUCAUCUUCUGCUGCUCCUCUCUGCACCGCGUCUUCACAUCACUUUACACAGAUCACCUCAUCCUCACACGUUGCUCAUUUCUCGCCCUUUCUUUUGAUUUGAUUUGAUUUGAUUUGAUUUCAUCCCAACUCAGUUCCCUCCAUUGUUUGCCGAUCAAUCCUUCUCCCGCUACUCUCUGCACCUCAUUUUGCCUCCCUUUACUAAAAAUCAGCUUAUUUUCACUACUCUCAUCCUUUGUUUCAUAUCCUCAUCUGAUUCAUUUGCUUCUUUUAUUCCUUGUGUCUUUAUUCUUGUUUGGAACCUAUAUAUUUUUCCAAACUCAAAAAAAAAAAAAAAGGAAUUAGAAGAUGCCCGAGCCUUGUUUUUGUGCGUUUUGUCAGAAUGCUGCUGGAAAUUUUGUUGGGAACUUGUUUAGUGAAAUUUUCACUCUUAUCUCAAAGCCAAUUAUUCUUGUGUUCAAGUGCGACAAUAAUGUUGACUAUUUGAAGAACAAAGUUGCUGAGCUAAAGGAUGAGAAAGACACCGCGGAGAACUAUGCUGAAGCUGUGGAAAGAAGGGGGGAAAAGAUUGUACAAAAGCUAAGGAAUUGGCUGACCAGCGCCAACGAUCGCAUUGAAGCCGCAGACAAAUUAGUAGCUGACGCUGAAGGAAAUGCCAAGAAGAAGUGUUUCUUUGGGCUGUGUCUCAAUCCCAAAUCUCGUUAUCAACCCAGCAAAAAAGCAGAGGAGAAUUCCAAGACUAUUGAUAAACUUGUGAAUGAAGCUCGUGGAUUCAACCUCCCACUUUCCCACAUUCCUGCUCCACCAAAAGAAGUGCCCGAGCCUGUCAAAGGUUUUGAGGACUUUUACUCAAGAAAGGAUGCUCCGGAGAGGGUCAUGGAGGCACUGCAGAGUCGAAGCAGCAGCAUUAUCGGGGUGCACGGGAUGCCUGGCAUGGGAAAGACGAUGCUGGCCAAAGAAAUAAAAAGAAAAGCAGAGCAAGACAACCUGUUCGAUGUGGUAGUUAUGGCUCUUGUUUCAAGGAAUGCAGAAUUGGAAAAAAUUCAAGUUGAAAUUGCCCGUGGCUUGGGUCUAGAUCGGCUUCCUAAUGGAAUUACAAUUCAGGAUGCUGCUAAACGUAUUAAAGGAAGGCUGAAGAAAAUGAAGAAGGUUUUAAUCAUUCUGGAUGAUAUUUGGAGACCUGGGAUAGAUUUGGAGGAGCUUGGAAUUCCUCCUAGAAACGAGCCAAAAUCGAUUGAGGUGAGCUCGUCAAGAGAAGAAUAUGCAGAAUGCAAAAUUCUGCUAACUUCCAGGGAUUCUAAUGUUUUAUCAGAUCUGAUGGGUUCUCAGCAAAACUUUCCCCUACAUCAAUUAAAAGAUGAAGAAGCGUGGGAGUUGCUUAAAAGGAUAGUCGGAGACCGAGCAGAGAAUGAUGAUAUACAUAACGCAGCCAUUGAGAUUAUCGGGGACUGUGGGGGCUUGCCCCUUGCAAUUACAACAAUGGCAAAGGCAUUGAAAAAUAAGCAGCCUUACGAAUGGACGGAUGCCGUGAGAAUUCUAAAAAGGCCCUCUUCAGAAAACUUUGAUGGCAUAUCUGCAAAAGUUUAUUCUGCUAUUGAGGUCAGUUAUUUUCAUUUGGAAAGCGAGAAGCUCAAGAAAACAUUUUUGCUUUGUUGCCUAUUGGGUCACGAGUUUCUUAUUCAAGACUUGUUGAAGUAUGGUGUGGGCUUAGGCUUAUUUGCUAAUACAAUAGAGGAAGCACGAAAUGAAGUAUUUACUUUGAUAAGCAAGCUCAGAGCCUCUUCUUUGCUCAUUGAUGAUUCUGACAAUAAUUGUUUUGAUAUGCAUGACCUUAUCCAUGAUGUGGCUGUAUCAAUUACAAGUAGGGAUCGUCAUGGGUUGCUGCUAACAGGGGAUCAUGUACCAAACGACUGGUCAGACAUGGAGACAAGGAAAGAUUUCAAAUGGAUCUGUCUGCGACAUUCUAAUGUUGGUGGGUUACCUGAAGAGUUAGAAAGCUCCCGUCUUACUCUCUUUCGGUUGGAAAAUAAAAAUCCUUCUCUGCAAAUUCCAGCACAUUUUUUCAAGGGAAUGCCAAGACUCAAGAUGACUGAAGAGCUACAUCUAAGGGAGUUGGCAGGUGUAAAGAACGUGGUUGAUGAGUUAAAUACUGAAGGUUUUCCAGAUUUGAAGCAUCUCUAUGUCUGUAAUGCUGCAGAGGUUCAACAUAUCAUUAAAUCAGCGGAGGGGGUUCCUUACAAUGCAUUUCCCAGACAGCUUCUCCGUCUACAAGAAAUUUCAGUGAACGAGUGCAGCAAUAUGGAAGAGAUUGUUGACGACGAGGAGCAAGGGAGCAGUAGUGAUAUAGUUGAAGCAACAGAACUAAAGUUCGGGGAAGUGCUACGGUGCUUGAGAUUGCAACAUCUACCAAAAUUGAGUAGUCUCAACAAAAGUUGCAGGCAAAUGCCACUUUUCAAUGAACAGCUUGCUUUUCCUAACCGAGAGGAGCUGCAAUUAUGUUGGAUUAAUGUUAACACCAUUUGGCACGCUUCGAUAGCAUCUUCCUAUGUUGAGAAACUAACGAAGCUGAUCAUUGAGGGCUGUGAUAAUUUGGAAUAUCUAUUCACAUCUUCUAUGGCUAGAGAUAUGAUAAUGCUUGGACAUCUUGAAAUAGGGGAAUGCAAGAAGAUGAGAGAGGUACUUCUUUUUAUGGAGAAAGUAGAAGAAAAUAGGAAUUUGAUUUUCCCUCAGUUGAGGUUGCUGCUGAUAAAAAACCUUCCAAAACUGAGGAGAUUCUGCUAUGGGAAUUACAUCAGAUUCCCCUGUCUUUCACAACUUUUGAUCCAGUCGUGCCCUGUAUUGAAAACGUUCAUCUCAAGCUCUAGUUUUGAACGCAUCACAGCCACUUCUGACAAGGAAGAAAACACUUGUACACCUCCUCUAUUCGACACGAAGGUUACAUUCCCUAGUCUAGAAGAACUAACAUUGGAAUGGAAUGAUAAUAUGAAAGAGAUACGGCAAAGACAAUAUAUUAUAGGGGAUUAUUUUCCCAAAAUAAAAGUUCUUGAACUCAUCCAGUUCCCUGAGCAAUCAGAUGUCCAGCCUUUUCUGUUUCAAUCUCCGAAUCUUCGAAAGCUUGUUGUGAGUAAAGCUCCCUUUCAUGAAAUAUUCAAAUGUCAAGGACUUGGAAGUGUGGAAAAACCUGCACUUGCACUUACUCAAUUAAGUGAAUUAAGCAAAUUAAAGAAUUUAGGGCCAUCCUUCAUAGCUUUCAAGAAUUUGACUACUUUGGAAGUAUCUGCAUUCAUAAAUUUAAUUGAAUACUCAACAGCGAAAAGCAUGGUGCAGCUCACAAAAAUGAGUAUAAGUAAAUGUCAAAUGCUAAAAGAAAUUGUGGCGUGUGUGGAUGAAGAAGUUAAGGAUGGCAUUGUCUUCAUCCAACUCAAGUAUUUGCUACUUCGUGGUCUACCAAGACUAGCAAGCUUUUGCUCAGGGAAUUGUGGCUUUGAAUUUGCAUCUUUGGAAGAAGUAAUUGUGAUGGGUUGCCCAAAUAUGCAGAUCUUCUCUCAAGGGGAAUGCAGCACCACUAAUAAACUGAAAAAAGUGAAAUUGACGGUAGAUGAAGAUGAAGGGUUCUGAGAAGGCAACCUUAACUUCACCAUAAAAAAGAUGUUCACAGAAAAGGUGUGCAUUAAUUCAAAAUAUUUCCUUACAUUUUCUACCUUAAUUUCCAAGUUUUAUGUAUUACGCCUAGCCCUUUGAUUAGUAAAAUGUAAAUUUAUGU